AUGCCUGAACUCUGGUUAAGAAAAAUAUUCCCGAAAACCCUCUUUGUUACCACAGAUUUUGCUGAAAAUCGUGUUAGAUUUGCGAAGAAACAACAAGAACUUGAUGAGUUAGAUGAUGAUAGUACUGACAUUUUUAAGUCCAACAUUAUUGUCCGUUGCAGUGACAGACCAAAAAACAUUCCUGUCGUCAAUGAUAUGUGUUUAGCUUUAUUUGCUGCUCACUAUUUCAAAGAUUACAAAAGUGAUUUUAACGAAGUAUCUGAUUCUCAACCUGAAGUGUUAAGCGAUGACUUCAUUGAAUCUCAAAAUAUCGAAAAUCAUAACACUGGACUUCCCGAUCGAAUAAAACUUGUAAACAGCAAAGAAAUUAUGAAGUGCAGAAAAAUUAAAGCUGUUAUUCGAAAUCACACUCCAAACAAAAGAAAAGAGCCUGAAAAAUAUUUUCACCACCUUCUCAUGUUGUAUUUUCCAUGGCGUAAUGAGCAGGAACUCUUUGGCGAAGACCAGACAUACAUAUCUAAGUUUUAUGAGCCAGAUGUUCAAGAGGUAGUACAACGCAACAAAGAAAUAUUUGAGCCAAUGCUGAUGCAAUUAAUGAAGCACUAGAAAGUUUACGAAACUUUGAUGGGGUACCAACUCACUUCUAUGAUCCAAUAAAUGACCAGGAAAAUCAUGAAGAUUUGCGGCAAACUUUACCUGACGAUUUUGAUGAAACCGACUCUUUUAACGAAUCGUUGCCACAACAUCGUGCAUUAAAUCCUGAAUCAGUUCAACCAUCUUCUGGAAUAAGUUGUUAUAAUCAACCCUUAGAAAUCGGUGACGACGAUCUGCGAAAAACUGUAAGAUCAUUGAACAACAAACAACGUUAUGCAUAUGACGUAGUUCUCUCCUGGUAUAGAAACAAAAUGGCAAAUAUAAACACUCUUCAACCUUCUCAAGUAGAUCCUAUCCAUGUUUUUGUUACUGGAGGUGGAGGUGCAGGGAAAUCACACUUAAUUAAAGCUAUAUAUCAUACUGUUACAAAAACAUUUAGACAUCCUCCAGUGAAUCCUGAAUUACCUUCUGUAUUACUAAUGGCUCCAACUGGUGUAGCUGCCAUAAAUAUCAACGGAACAACCGUAAACACUGCUCUAGCAAUUCCAAGAGAGUGUGGGAAUAAUGUACCUGCAAUGUCUGAUCAGAGAAGAACACAAAUGAGAUUGUCUUUGGCUGAAUUGAAACUAAUCAUAAUUGAUGAAAUAUCAAUGGUCUCAAACAUGGGUCUGCUGCAUAUUCACCAGAGAUUGAAAGAAAUAUUUGUUACACCUAAUAGUGAACUUUUUGCAGGAAUCAGU